UUUUUUUUUUUUUUUGUGAAAGAAAGUAGAUAAAUUUAUAUUGUAAACCCUAUAUUGUAAAUUUUGUGAACCGAACAACCGAGAGAUUAAGGAGAGUUUGUUUGAUAGGAAGCCAGGGAUUAAAGAAAACAAGUUAAAUCCUAAGAUACUCCUUAAAAUCUUAAAUCACCAAACAAGGGAUUAAUUGCAGAAAUAAAUUGGUUUCCCUAAAUUCCUUUUAUUGGUUGUUCACACACAUCACGCCUUCCCGCUGCCACUCGCCGCCGUACCGGCCACCCAGCUGCCUUCCCCCGCCGUCUACGCCGCCAAUCGGCCUACGGAACAUUAAUGCUCCGAAGAUUGCCGGUAACAGUAGCAUCAAAGGUUAUCAAUUACCCAUUUUUUCUUCAUCUUCUCCCUCCGCGACAAUUCUCUCUCCUUACAAUGGAUGUAGGCAGAGAAAGCAGUAGCUUCUUCUUCUCUUCUUUUGCUCGCGAUAUACCGAGUUUAGCUGGAGGAAGAGAACAUGGAGACACGAGAGGCAAUCGUGGCGGAUCAAGAGGCCGUGGUCGUGGUCGUUGUCGUGGUGCUCCAAUUGGUACUUCAGAUAGAACUGAUACUCUUGGUAGACUGUUGGUACGUAUAUUGAGGCAUAAUGCAACGGAGCUGAAUUUGGACAUGCGUAGUGAUGGAUAUGUCAAGCUUCAAGAUUUAUUGAAGCUGAACAUGAAAACAAGGUCAAAUAUCCCAUUAAGCUCACAUUCUAUUGAUGAAAUUAGAGAAGUUGUAAGGAUAGACAAUAAGCAGAGGCUCGGCCUUUUGGAAGAGGAUGGAGAGCUGUGGAUACGUGCAAACCAAGGUCAUACUUUAAAGUCUGUAGAGAGUGAGAGUUUAUUGAAGCCGAUCCUUUCUGCUGAAGAGAUCCCUGUUUGUGUUCAUGGUACAUAUAAGAGGCUUCUUCAAUCUAUUCUUGCAUCUGGUCUCAAGCGAAUGAGCAGGUUGCACGUUCACUUUGCGUGUGGCUUACCAUCAGAUGGAGAAGUAAAAAGUGGUUUUAGGCGUGAUGUUGACAUGAUAAUCUUCAUAGACACCAAGAAAGCAAUGGAAGAUGGAAUGAAGUUUUACAAGUCUGAAAAUGGGGUAAUACUGACAGAAGGCUUUGAUGGCGCUAUCCCAGCUAAAUAUUUCCAGAAAAUCGAGUCAUGGCCUGAAAGAAACCCGGUGCCUUUCCAAGUUUAAGUUAUUUAGACAAAUGUAUUACCUCGUUUGUACCCUUAUUAUAGUUGGAUCCGCAUACAAGUACUCUCUUCAUCAACAUUUCCACUUUGGACUUUGUGACUCACAAACAAUGUGAUUUAAAUAGGGACAGAGGUAGUAUUAACGAGGUUAUGUGAAAUUGAUGUGAUCCGGUGUAUUGUGCAAAUGUAAAUUCUACUGUCAAGCUGAUUUUUGUUUUAUAGGCAAUAGCAAA